AGCGGUGCUGUGAGGAGCCCCCACACAGUGCACUCGUUCUUGUCUGACCCAGAGGUUUUCUGAGGCGUUGUUCCUGCAGCUGACCUCAAGGCCAGAGCACAGGACCUGGUGACCUGUGGCCUUCCGAGGCUUCUGUUCUGCAGGUGCCCUCGAGGGCAGAGCUUGGGACUUGGUGCCCUGGACCUUUUCCAAGGCCUCUGUCUUGCAACUAGCUCCAGUCACUGACAUGGAGCAGAGACCCCCGAGAGUACCCAAGAUGGCCUGGGUGGAGGAGGAGGAAGAAGGCUCUGGAGCUGCCACAGCAGAGCAGACAGAAGAGGUGGUGCCAUUCCAUCCACCACAGGAGGAUGCAGCCGUGGAGCGCACACAAGAGCAGCAAUCCAGCCGUGGCCGCUUCCGCAGAACAGCGCAGCUCGUUUGCAAAUUCAUCAAGAGGAUUCGGCAGGAAGAGACCAUCACCAGGGGAGCUGCGUACAGACCAUACUCGCCCAUCUUCCAAAGCAAGACCAGUGCUGCCCUGCUGUAUAUGCUUGUAGAGGAAGAUUGUUACCAUCCAAAGCAAGUGCCCGCCAUGGUGAGGUACAUCCACCAGUGGCUCCUGGCCAAUGAUUCCGCUGAGCACAGGCUGGACAAGACCCUGCUGAAUCUCACUGAAGCACUGACAAAUGACGCAGUCAUGACGCUCCUGCGUGUGGCCCCGUCCUGUGACAGAGCUGCCAUGGCCAUGUGGAAGACCAUCAUGGGCUCAAGCAGGACUGCAAAGCCAGUGCAGCUGACACUCCUGGAUGUGCUGGGGAACUGGCCAGUGUGUAGCACGUGCACCUCCGAUGGGGACAAAACGGGUGUCUUUGCCCUGGCUGCAACUCUGGUGAUGUGGAAGGUCCUCCAGGUGCCCUGUAUCCCACGUAUAAUGAAGGUGUAUUUCCCACACCUGUUUGUGCACCUGCUCUUCCAAGUGUUCUUCAGCACUCUGGAUAUGCCAGAAGAGGUCCUCGAGUGCCUGGACUUAAGGGAAUGCAGCGACAGUGUUCUGGAGAUCAUGACAAAGAACCUGCGGAGCGAGGACGGGGAGAGGCGUCACUUGGCACUCCGAGGCCUCGUGGUGCUGGGCAAGAAUCCCUUGAUGCUGCCCGAGUGCUUCGGGACGGGCUUUGGCCUAUAG